AUGAAUCUCCCCAGUAUUAAUAAGCAAUGCUUUGUGGCUUCCGAGACACUCAACCUGGUCAAUGCGAGUAUCCGCGAUCUAAAGCGAGUCCUGGACGCAAGUGUCAUCACCAGUGUCCAACUCGUCACCAUAUACCUCCAAAGGAUCGCAAAAUACGACUGUAACGGCCCAUCCCUCAACCAGAUCCCGGUGCCGAACCCCAAAAUCUUCGAGGAGGCACAGGCGUCCGACAACUAUCGCGCCUCAGUCGAGGGCUUGACCGUCGCGGCCGGGUCGCCUCCCUUCGCUGAUCUGAAUUUCUCUUGUGAUGCAACAAUAGUGUCAUCCCUCCGCAAGGCAGGCGCUAUCGUUCUCGGCAAGACAAAUAUGCCUGCCAUGGCUGGCGGCGGUGGUCAGCGGGGUCUCUACGGCAGGUCCAAGAGCCCCUACAAUCCCAAAUAUUCCACUACGGCAUAUGCAUCCAGGUCUUCCAAUAGUGCUGGGACGCCGACAACGGCGAGCUUCACAGCCUUCGGGUUUGCCGGGGAGACCGUGUCUUCUGGUCGGUCACCAGCCUCCAAUAACGCGCUUGUCAGAUACUCACCCUCAAGAGGAGUAAUCCCGUUCCAGGGGCAAUGGCCGCUCUAUCUUACAUGUGAUGUCAUUGUCCCCCAUGCACAAACCGUGAAAGAGCUCUUGGAUAUCUUGAAUGUCAUCAUGACAGACAAUCCUAACCCUAUUGGAGAUUUCUGGAGAGGCCAGAGUGUCUGCCCCAUCCCACUCUCUUCGCAGGUCUGGCCUGUGGAUUGCCAAAGCCUGGAGGACCCGCACUCACUCAAAGGAAAGCAAAUUACCAUUCCAAUGCGUUACAUCAGAAAGCAGUUUCCCACUGCUGUCAACGCCCUCAAUGCUUUUACUAGCUCUGUUCACGACCUGUGGCUAAAGGCCCAGACUACCUUAGAGUCUCUGGGUGCAACAGUUAUACCCUGGCCAGAGCACCGACAUUCCCUGAAUGCCCACUCAAUGGAUGAGCAUCGAACGAUGCCAGAUGACCACUACUGGAUGGGACGAUUUCCUCCGCCCAACGGCGACACAUCUUACCCGAAUCUCACAGUCGCUGACGCUGACAUGAUCCACCCCCAUAUCGCUCCCAUGGACGAUCCAACCAUGCACACCGAGGUCGAAAAUCACGUCCGCUACAUGGAUAUGAUCGAAGCUGGACGCUAUCAAGGCCCUCGGGAAAUGUGGAAACGUGACUUGGAGGACUGGAUGGACUCAAAUAGCUUUAAUCUGGUUGUCUUCCCGACCAAUGGAGACGUUGCCCGCGCCGAUUCCGAGGAGCUUUAG